ACAAGGAAAAGUAAAAAAAAACUCCUCUCUAUUUCCGUGGCUAAAUAAUUUUCUCUGCUCGUAGUAACAAACACCAAAUCCAGAAGACAAACUGGUCAUAAAUCUACAAAUCAUGUAUUACCCCCUCAAUUCUUGUUUAAUUUUCCUCUUCCUCUUCACCUUAAUCUACCAUAUUCCCUAUGCUUCAAGUAAACAAGAAUAUGGAUGGUGUGAGACUACUCAGUUUCAGUGUGGGAGCAUCACUGCCGGUUUCCCCUUUUGGGGUGGAAAUCGUCCAGAACCUUGUGGUCGUGCGUCGCUGGAGCUUCACUGCAGAAGCAAAAACGUCACCUCUUUAAGCAUCUCAAACCACGAGUACAAUGUUUUCAAUAUUAAUAUCACAUCUCGUACUGUUAGACUUGUCAGAGCUGACAUUUUACAUCCUUUUUGCUCCUCUACAUUCAAUACCACAACCUUGCCUCCCGAAAUCUCUGAGCUUUCACCAAGCUACAAGAGCCUCACCAUUUUCUAUCACUGCAACCCUGGAUUUCAUUAUGUUUCAAGUUAUACAUGUCCUCAGAGAGGUGUUAUCUCAGCGUAUCAAAACCCUAUUUAUCAAAGAUCCUGCCAAGAAAAUUUCACCGUAAACGUUCCUAAAACAUUCGUUCCAGAAAAGAAAGAGUUGAAUAUGACUCAUUUGGAAAGUGUUCUAAGAGAAGGGUUUGAGGUUAUAGUGAAUACUGAUGAGAUGACGUGUGAAGGAUGUUCUUCCUCACGCAUUGAGAGUUACGAACGCUGCAGUCAACCAUUUACCUGCGGCAAUCAGGGAAGUCUCUUGUACCCUUUCUGGGUCCGUGGCAGAGAAGACUGUGGCCACCCUGACUUCAUGCUUGAUUGUAGCAAAGGAUUCGCCGAGCUUAACCUCUCCUCCUUGAAGUUCAGAAUUUUAGAGGCUAACAAUGUCUCUCAUGUCAUAAAACUCGCCACAUUGGAUUAUUUCGACAAUAUUUGUGUCCAACACCUAGAAAAUGCGACAUUCCCCGAAACCGUUCUUCCACUCGCUUCUCGCACCAAGAUGUUAACAAUUUAUUACGAUUGCCAAAACUUGUCAUCUAAUGAUGUUACUAACGUUUACGUUGGAGAUGUUGUUUGUGGGUAUUAUGAAGACGCUAGGCGUAGAUUUGGACCGAGCACACAUUACUAUGUGACGAGAAACAUCUCGUCUCCUUUACCNCAAGAGCUUGACUUGGAGUUCAAGGGCGGAGUUAUGNGGGGUUUCGAGGUUCAACUUAAUCAAGACUGUUCAAUGUGCCUAGAAUCUAAAGGUGCUUGUGGUUAUAAUAAGACUUCAACAGAAUUCGUCUGUUAUUGUAAAGAUGGGACCUACGGCGAUAAAUGUGGCUCUGGAAAAAAAAGUCAUGGGGCUUUGAACAAAGCAAUUCGCAUAGUUGCGGGUUCAGUAGCAGGAGUUGUUUUGAUCCUGGUAUUAUUAACAUUGUUUCUCCGUUUUCUUCGGAUUAGAGAAACACGACUAAGACAUCAGAAGCUGAAGGCUCUUAUUCCACUCGAACACUAUACUUACNGUAUUGAGGAGGACAUCUGGGCACAGUCAGUGACGGUGAGAUCUUGCAACAAAGGUAUGGAGAAGUCACUAGGGUUUGCUGCGUUACCAAAAUCGCUGAAACUGAAUCCAGAGCACUAUGGACACUGA